AUGAAAAAAGUUAGCAAUAAAGUACAGUUGGUACUAUGUUAUGUCUUAAAAACAUUAGUUGUGGAUGAUUUCUCAGUUUUUGUUACAAAGGAGAACAGUAUGUCCAAUAUGGUCACAGCAACCAUAACAAGAGAAGGUGAGAAAUACAUGGUUAUCGUAACAGAAAUUGCACCUGCUCAGAGAUAUAUGGUGAACAUAUUUCUUGAAGGCCACAGUAACGGUACAGAGUCCUUCCUUGUCGAUUAUGGCUCUGAUUUACAAAUCGGCGAUGAAAUAAAGUUUCCUUUCGAUUUUCAAGAGUAUUGUAAACAAUAUGAUACAUCUAAAGCAUGUGCCACGAUAUACCAAAGAUUGGAUAACAAUAAAUUUAUGGUAGAGCCUCCUAAGGAAGAAAACCCAUCUGAGAUACAGAAUGAAUUGGAGGUACAGCCACCAGUCUUGAACCCCAUUCGUGUUAAGAACAAGCCAAAUGAUAUGCCCAAAUUUGAUGACGAGUACGAAGUUGGUGGUAUUGGUAGACAAGGGCCUAUAGAUAGGUACCCAGGUCUAAAUUUACCUGAAAAAAAUCCGGCUAGAUAUGGAAAUCCCGACUUAUACCCUAUGGGACAAAAGGACCCAUUCAACUUCAAUGAUAUUAACGCUCGUGGUGGGAUGACGUUCGAUCCAUUCGGAACUAAUAACCAAAGCAAUAUGCAGGAUGAUAAAAAUGAACAAGCUCAAAGAGGACCUGGUUGGAUCCCUGGAUCAAGAUACGAUGAUCCAUUUGGUAAGAGAAACGAUGAUAUGAAUCCUAGUUCAGGUCCAGGAUUUGGAUCUGGCUCUGGAUCUGGCUCUGGGCCAGGGUUCGGCGGUGGGAUGUUCAUGUAG